GACCGCGAAGCCGACGGCAGACAGACUGCAUCUCCCGGCGUGCCCCGCGGCGGGCGCUGGGCCGGAGCCGGAGCCCGAACAGCGCGGCCUGGAAGAGGCCGGAGCCCAGGGGAGGCGGCGGUAGCGGCAGCGGCGGAGGCAGCCCGAGCCCCGCGUCCUGGGCCUGCGCUCGGCGCCAUGAGUGGCGGCGGGCCUUCGGGAGGCGGCCCCGGGGGCUCGGGCCGGGCGCGGACCAGUUCUUUCGCGGAGCCAGGCGGCGGAGGCGGAGGCGGUGGCGGCGGCCCCGGGGGCUCGGCUUCUGGCCCAGGAGGCACCGGCGGCGGGAAGGCGUCAGUCGGGGCCAUGGGUGGGGGCGUGGGAGCCUCGAGCUCCGGGGGUGGCCCCAGCGGCAGCGGCGGAGGCGGCAGCGGUGGCCCCGGCGCGGGCACUAGCUUCCCGCCGCCUGGAGUGAAGCUGGGCCGAGACAGCGGGAAGGUGACCACAGUGGUGGCCACUCUAGGCCAAGGCCCAGAGCGUUCCCAAGAGGUGGCUUACACAGACAUCAAAGUGAUCGGGAAUGGCUCAUUUGGAGUCGUGUACCAGGCACGGCUGGCAGAGACAAGGGAACUGGUGGCCAUCAAGAAGGUUCUCCAGGACAAGAGGUUCAAGAACCGAGAGCUGCAGAUUAUGCGUAAACUAGACCACUGCAAUAUCGUGAGACUGCGGUACUUUUUCUACUCCAGUGGAGAGAAGAAGGAUGAGCUGUACUUAAAUCUGGUGCUGGAAUAUGUGCCCGAGACAGUGUACCGGGUGGCCCGCCAUUUCACCAAGGCCAAGCUGAUCAUCCCUAUCAUCUAUGUCAAGGUGUACAUGUACCAGCUCUUCCGGAGCUUGGCCUACAUCCACUCCCAAGGUGUGUGUCACCGUGAUAUCAAGCCCCAGAACUUGCUGGUGGACCCUGACACUGCUGUCCUCAAGCUAUGUGACUUUGGCAGUGCAAAGCAGUUGGUCCGGGGGGAGCCCAAUGUCUCCUACAUCUGUUCUCGGUACUACCGUGCCCCAGAGCUCAUCUUCGGAGCCACCGAUUACACCUCAUCCAUCGAUGUGUGGUCAGCUGGCUGUGUACUGGCUGAGCUCCUUCUUGGCCAGCCUAUCUUCCCUGGGGACAGUGGGGUGGACCAGCUGGUGGAAAUCAUCAAGGUACUAGGAACACCAACCCGGGAACAAAUCCGAGAGAUGAACCCCAACUACACAGAGUUCAAGUUUCCCCAGAUCAAAGCUCACCCCUGGACAAAGGUGUUUAAGUCUAGGACACCGCCUGAGGCCAUCGCACUCUGCUCCAGCCUGCUGGAGUACACGCCGUCCUCAAGGCUCUCUCCACUAGAGGCCUGUGCCCACAGCUUCUUCGAUGAACUUCGGUGUAUUGGAACCCAGCUCCCCAACAACCGCCCGCUUCCCCCGCUCUUCAAUUUCAGUCCUGGUGAACUCUCCAUCCAGCCGUCUCUCAAUGCCAUUCUCAUCCCUCCUCACUUGAGGUCUCAGGCAGGCACUGCUACCCUCACCUCGUCCUCACAAGCUUUAACUGAGACUCAGAGCGGCCCAGACUGGCAGGCAUCUGAAGCCACGCCUACCCUCGCUAACUCUUCCUGAGGGCCCCACCGACUGCCCCUCUAAGUCCAUCUGAAAACUCCAAGUGGGGCUGGGAAGUGGGGAGGGGGCAUAGCCCACCAAGCUCCUGCCCUGCCUGGGCCCCUAGACUAGAGGGCAGAGGUAAAUGAAUUCCUACCCCCAACCUCUAGGCCCUCCCUUACCAGCCUCACCUCUUUGGUGGGCUUUUUAAAGAGGAUUUUAACUGGUUGUGGGGAGGGAAGAAAAGGACGGACAGGGGGUUGGGGUAUGAGACCCUCUUACCCCCUUGGCCCCCUCCCCUCCCCUGAGACCUCCACUCCUUCAUCCUCCCCUACUCCCGUGUAAAUAGGACCAGCCCAGCCCACCUUCUUUUUCUUUCCCUGGCCUCCUCGGGUGUAAAUAGAUUGUUAUAAUUUUUUUCUUAAAGAAAACGUCGAUUCGCACCAUCCAGCCUGCCCUCCCCUGCAGCUGUGCCCCCUCCUGUCCUCUGCUCCCCAGGCUCCGUCCUGCUCCCUACCCUAGAGGUUGGGGAGUGGGGAGAGCCCCUGGUGUCUUAGUCUCCACAGUAAGGUUUGCCUGUGUACAGACCUCCGUUCAAUAAAUUAUUGGCAUGAAACCCUU